UAUUGAUCUUACUGCAAAUUAUAACUCGUUCUAAUCAUGCGAGGACUCUGAUUGCCACAAUAUAAUCCUAAUAGCAAUAAACAGAAGCUCUUUAAGCGAAAUGAUUAAGUGACUGACGUCAGAGAUGUUAUAAGAAGAUAGUUUUUAAAUAUGUGAAGUAAAAGCAUAAGCUUUAUGACUCUGUUAUCUAUGCGUAAGAACUAAUAUUAACUGAAGAACUUUUCUACAAUAAAAAACAUUCAUAGAACCAACAAUUGUAAUUGAAGAUAUCCAAGUAUUGACAAUGAAUUACACCAAUUCAACCAAUUUUGUUGCUUUCCCAGAAUUCAAAGUAUAUCGCCAUGGAUAUAUAUUCCAAAUUUGGGGUUGCUUGACGACUAUAUUGAUAGCAAUGGUAGCAUUCUUUGGCAAUCUAGCAGUUAUAGUCGUGUCGUUCAGGGAAGAAAAACUCCGAACUCAAAUUGGCAAUUUCCUCAUUGUCUUCUUAUCAAGCGUAGACGUUGUGACCUCCAUAUUUGUCAUGAUCCCAUCUGCUAUCGCAAUGGCUGCAGAUGCCUGGCCUUUUGGUGUGUUUAUUUGCAAAGUAAACGCUACAUUCAACUAUGGGCUUUCCUGUGCAUCGUCCCAUACUGCAGCUAUGAUAAGCUUAGACAGAGCAUUAGCCAUUGUCUACCCUUUAAAGUACCAAACUAUCAUGACAUCUAAGGUUAUGAUUGGUAUUUUCACCUGGGUAUUAAGUAAUACCGCAUUCUGCAUGGUGCUUGCUCUGUCACUGUUAUAUACGAUCACUUAUGAUUACAAUGAAGCUAUCUGUGCUGGCGCUUUUUCAGAAUAUAAAACUAAGCUCUUCUUCUAUGUUGCAUCAUCCUCUUGCUUCGUUUUACCAGCGACAAUAAUCGUCAUUUGCAACACUAUAAUUCUGAGGCAAAUAAGGAAGUCCUCCUCGGUGACGCCACGGCAAAUAAUCUCAAAGGGAACUAAUGAUUUUGACUAUAAUAUGAGACGAAGAAAAGAUGUUGAAAUGCGUAAAUCUGUUUACAGUAUGAUGGUAGUAAUUAUAGUUUAUUUUAUAUACUUUGCACCAUAUACCUUCACAAAACAAGGAAAGUCUAUAUCUGAUAUUGAUGCCCCACCGUGGUUGAAUUAUGUUUCUACGUUAAUGAUGUUUAUUUCUUCAGCCACCAACCCUUUCAUUUAUGGAAUUUUGCGUAAAGAUUAUAGAGAUGGUUUUAAAAAAAUUUAUCGAUUACUUAAGGAAAAAUUGCAUUUUUAGUAGUGGUUCGAAAAAUGUACCAUACCGUCUUUACGAUUUAGGUGACUCUUUUCGAUCUCUUGGCUAUCUUAUUUUAACUCUUAGCUUUUUUUUUGAUUUUUUUUUUAACUUCUUGACUUUUUACCAUUUACCUUUUAAUUCGCUCUUUGAUUGUUUUUUUUAAAUUUUUAAUAAUCACGAGUUUUAAACUUUAUAUGCUCUUCAUGGCCAUUG